AUGUAUAGUAUUUUACAGAAGUUGCACAAGAUUGCUCACCAGCUAGGGCAACUGCAGAAAGAGUACUCAUCUAUUGAGAAGAGACUGAAUCAGUUUAGAGGGAGAUUACAUGAAAUCCAGGAUGCAUUCCCUACUGAUCUCUUUAACCAGUCUCUGAUUACCGAGGAAAGAGAACUUAUUCAAGUAAUUGAAAAGUGGGAAGCUAUGAAUAAAAAGGUGUUAAGACAAAGGUCCAGGGCAACUUGGAUAAACCAUGGGGAUAAGAAUUUUAAGUACUUCUUUUCUUAUUUGAAAGCUAGGCAAGCAAGAAAUAGAAUAUCUUCCAUAUACAAUGAACAGGGGCUCAAACUAGUUGAUCCUAUACCUGUUACUGAAGAGGAUGUUCAACAGGCCUUGAAGAAUCUACCACUUGAUAAAAGUCUAGGUAUUGAUGGGUUCAAUGCUCAAUUUCUUAAAACACAUUGGGAUAUAAUAGGAAAGGAGGUCACUGAUGGUAUUAUGCAAUUUUUCUCAACUGGAAAACUCUUGAAAGGUGUUAAUAUUACAACAGUGACACUGAUUCGAAAAGUUUCUGCCCCUAGCCCUAUGAAAGAAUAUAGACAUAUAGUUGGUAGCUCCACUCUCUACAAAAUUAUAUCCAAAAUCCUUACAGCUAAGCUUAAAAAAGUUGUAGAUUACAUUGUUAGUCCUUCAUAG